AUGCUGCAUGUAAAACUAAAACUGAAGAUGCUGAAACUAAAAUUGAUUUUACUAACAAAUGAUCAGAAUAUAAAGGUAUCAGGGUUGUGCAGAGGGUGUGUAGAGGUUGUGUCAUAAUACAUGUUUAGAGUAACCAUGCUUGCUCUCCAUGACAACAACUAUCUCCAAUCUUCCAUUUAUUACAAAAUAUAUUGAAUUAUUCAGGUUUCACGAUUUGUAGUAUUCUGAUGAUACCAGUUUUGAAAGUUUGGAUACCAAAUGUCGAAACCUUGGUACCCUAUGAUUAUUACAGUAAUUAUAUCAUGAUUACAGUAAUUAUAUCAUAAGUAGUAUUUUGCAAAUUUGUUAAAUUUACGUGAUCAAGUUAAUUACUAACACAGGUUAGGUUCCUUAUUCACACCUAGAAUGCGUAGAUAAAUCAGGUCGUGCUUCUAGCUUCGUCAUUUGCGAUACAAAUCCUGUUUUAUGUUUAAUUUUCCUUGUUCAUGAGUAUACAUAGUAGUUUCGGCAUGAUUGAGAACGUUUUACCAGUCAUAUGCAUAUUACGUUAAUCCUAUACGUACUCAAUAAACUACGUUUGCUUAGACGUUCUCAAAAAUUUCAGCAAGUUUAAUAAUAUUCAUGAAUUGUGUUUGAUUUGGCGUAUUUUUAACGACUCUACGGUGUAAUCUUUGUUUCACCUUUUCGAGCGAUAAAGUGUGGUUCGGGAGCCGGUUUCUGAAACAUUCAAUUUAAAAUAAGUUUCAUACAAUUGUAAACGUUCGUCCUAAUAUGUGACAUUUGAAAUAGAUUUGCGAGUGUGUUGCUUUGAAACAUCUGACUGAAUCAGAUUUAUACUGUUCGAGCAUUUCUGUCAUCUUUAAACCUGAUUGACGUGUUACAUUUAUUUUGCAUCUUUAUUUAUUUUACUCACUUUAUUUUUAGGGUUAUGGUUACUCAAGAACUGGUAAUCCCACCAGAGAUUGUUUUGAAAAAUGUGUUGCGUCUUUGGAAGACGCCAAGCAUGGUAAGGACUAAGGCGCUAUCUCUUCUGCACCUAAAUCUCUCUAUACCAUGAAUUUGGCACAUUAUUGUAGUUAAGUAUUCAUCUCGCGGCCGCAUUAGCAAGAUGGAGACAAAUUUUCUAAUGCUCUAGAAAAAUAGGAAACAAUGAUGUCGAGGCAUUUGAAAAUCCAUCACUGUUGCGGUUUUUGCCGAAGGAGGUAAAAUGUGUCACCAAUUGAAGAACCCGGGCAAAUACUAGAUAAGCUUUAGGCAAAGUAUAAAUGUUGUAUUUAUCAAUAUAGACCUGUUAUACAUACCUUUCGUUUUACAACUCACCGCAAAGCGUACAAGUAAGAAAUAAUUUUGAAUAUAGAACAUGCCUUGUUUUAAAUAACAAGAAGUAAACAACUGCAUGGAUUGUGCUUCGUAUGCUUGGCUUUCAGCCAUUCAUUUUAUCCCUGUAGGCAUUGCAACAGCAUCUGGCUUGGCUGCCUUAACAACGCUAACGCACCUAUUACGUGCUGGUGAUCACGUGGUUGUUUGUGAUGACGUUUAUGGAGGUAUACAGUAGAUAUGAUAAUCCAACAUUUAAGAACCUAGGUAUCUCACGUUAAGCCUCGUUUUGAUGUGAUUAGGACAGUUACGAGCAUGUCAAGGUGGCUGAUGUGAAAGACGCUCGAUCUAUCGCUGAAAACGUUUGCCUGCCAGCAAAAUUUGAACAAGGCAAGGCCUAUUCAGAUAAUAUUUUGUGGUCAAUUCAGAAAUAUUUACAAUAUUGUCCCAAACAUUGUUGUAGGAACCAACAGAUAUUUCUCCAAGGUUGCAUCCAGAUUUAACCUAGAUACGAGUAUGGUUGAUGUGACAGAUGUGGAUAAAUUGCAACAAGCCAUAAAGUCCAAUACAAAGGUGAUAGAGAAUUUACGAUUUUCUUAUUUUCUGAUGAUGCAUGACUUCGAAAUAAAGUCGCAAAGUUAAAGUUUCUAAAACUUGCAUAAAUAUUUAUGUAAUUUCAACAAAAUUGGCAUUGUAUAAAGUUGCUCGAAAAUGGCGAUCCGGAGAUCGUUAAAAUCACAAUAUCGCGAUAUCAGAUCACUGAUGUCACAAUAAACAGAUUCGCGUUUGUUUCUGGAGGAUCUAAAACCCAGGCUUAUUCGAGAUGAAUAAAGGAGAUGCACAUCAUGCAUGAAUAAUAGAUUAUCAUAAUGUGUUCUGUGUGUGAUAGUGGAUAUCCCAUAUAACAAUUUAAAUUUAUUAAGGUUUUACAUCGGAGGAAAGGCUAUAGCAAAAAAAAUUCGCAAUACAAGUAUAUUUUCUUAUCAGAACAAAAUGCAUACGAAAGUUAAAAAAUGAAUUCAAAGUUCAACUAGUUAAAAACGUCUGUUUGAGUGUACCAUCUAAAAAUCCUGGUAAUACUAGUAGAAUACUGAGUAUAGAAUAGUGUAUGAUAAGCGUAACUAAGCGUGUAUGCAUGUUAUCACCUUAUUAUAGUUCCAUAUUGAUUUACAGUAGUUCAGUGUACUCUUGACAUGGUGUACGUAUCCUGCAUGGUUUUAUCUGGUAAACGUGUUUCGGUAUAUCUAAUAUUCCAAUUCAGCAAUCCAAGUUCUCCUUAAAUUUUGUCUAUAGAUGUUUCCAAAUCUCUUCUUUGAGCCCGGUUGUUUUCUGCCUCCCAUUGGAUGAACUCCAGAUAGAUCUCCGGGUAGUUUUGCAUAACGAAAUUGGCGAAACGUCUAAGUCUAGUCAGUUCAAUGAGUUCAUCACGAAUACUCUGGCGGUAACGCCGGUUAUUCCUGUUACAUCGGCUUCGUUGAUCCAUUGCUUUGCUGCGUAAUCCAUGCAGUAAUGGAUUUGGAUUCGCGUCCUUCUUACAAAUAUAUGUGAUGUGGUCGGAAUCAUUAGAAGUUUAAUGCGUUUUUUAUGACCUUGAUAAUUAAUGCAAGUUAUAGCUAUCGAUUGAAUUUGUUUAACGAUCUGCGAUGCUUACCGCCAAUCAUUAUGAGAGCAUAUUAUUAGUAAUUUAGUUUACGCUUAUUGACCGCAAAAGAAAAGCCGCAACUUCUAGUUAUUUGAAAAUAUAUAUUCAAAAUCUAAACUCGCGUAUUUGUUGUUGGAGACACAUAUUUGUGGAUUUGGUGUCUAUUUGCGGAAUUAAGCCGCAGAUGUUAAUGAAUAUUGUGACGUAAUGAUAUCGAGAUCACCAAUGUGAUUUUACUAAUUAUCUCGGGAUUGCCUAUUGUGACUUUAAUGAUAAUGAUCUCGGGAUCUAUAAAUGGCGUACCUGAUAUCGGGAUCGCCAUUGUGAAUUUGAUUAAUGAACUCGGGAUCGCUAUUAUUCCAUACUGUAAUCUGCCACUUCACUCUUCAGCCCUAGAAGCACGUGUUGGCAUUUGUACCAUAGCAACGGAGCUAAAACGGUUGAAAUGCGGACACUUAUGGUGAAUAAAGAUGCUUCUUUUAUAGCACCAUACAUAUACUGUAUAAUACAGUAAAACCGCGCUUUCUAGAUAUAUGAACAACCCUAUACUCUAAAUCUAACACAACCCUAACACUGUGUAUUAAUAAAUUUAUAUAUGUCGUCCACCCAUGCCAGUACUUCGAAUGGUAGAAUUCACUUAGUAGACUUUCCACAAGUCCGCCUCAGAAUUUUGCCCUAGCUUUUGGCAAGUGAGUAAAGUUGAGGCCCUGUUGAGGGAAGAGUAACUGCGCGAAGUAAAAAUGACGUCAUUUGAAAAGUCUAUUCAUAUAUAGUGCUUAUGCAUGAGUCAGACUUAUGAUACCAUUCAGUUGAGCCCCAAGGCACUGAACCAUGACACUGAGCCCAAGGCAAUGAACACAAAAAUGUGAUUUGGUGUCAGGAACUUCGGUAUACUUGAUAUGAUAUACUGCAAGGGCAGUUGUUGAUCAGAUUUAAGGAAGAUGAGACCAGAGUAAAUUCUGUACAGUAAAUAUAUAGUUAAUUUAAUUCUAGAUGGUCUGGAUUGAAACUCCUACAAAUCCACUGUUGACAUUAAUUGAUAUUAAAGCUGUAGCUGAUGUUGCUCAUAAAACUGAGGUAAAGCGUUUACUAAUAGUUAUUUUCACAUAUAACGGUUGAUUCUGCAACGGGAUCUCAGUGGUGAAAGACGAUGUGCCACUGAAGUCCCAUUCAGAAUAAGAAGUAACAAUAUUUCAAAGACUGAAGUAUGAAGGUUAUAGGCAAAAAGCAAUCAAAACGUCUACGGUUCAGUUUUACAUCGAAUCGAAGCUUAUAUAGAGUGCAUGAUAACGUAUCUACCGCAAUUGGCAAUUGCGGUGCCCUAACAAAGUUUCGCAUGGUUUGGCAUCGUUUUAUUAUUUUGGCAUUGCGUGCAUGAGUUUGUUAGUCUUUGUUAGCGUUGGUAGUUGGUGCGGAAUCAAAAGUCUUCAGUCUUGACAUUUAUUCAAAAAUACAAUGUUUUCGCGCGUGUGGUGCACUUGGUCUGCGCAUGCUUCAGGGUACCGCAGUGUAGUAUUGUGUCUGUUUCUAUUAUUAAAAGGACUUUCACAGUGUAGCUAGCCAGCGCUCAGUCAGUGCUUGGCUUAUCAGAAACACAAUGUUUGGGAACUAUAGGUGUUUUGUUAGAAAAAGCAAGGGUUUAUACUGCAUGUGUGUAUUUCUAAUUAUGCCGAACUCCGUGUUUUCCAUAUUUUUACAUCAGACUCCGGAACUCUGGCUAUAGGCUAUAUAUACGGGAAACGUCGACUCCAUUAUUUUAAAAUGGAAAGUUUAUGUGAUAUGUUUGCAGCAAUGAGUAUUUCCUUGGAGGUGCCAAACGAUUUGGUUGUGGAUGAAGUAUUUUAUGAAGUGAAGAAUGUUUGUGAUUUGAUGAAUGCUGUGUUUUCCGAAGCGGUUGAAGCUAUUCGGGUGAUGCAAUUGGAAUAUUACGAGCGUGCGAAGGAACAUUAUGCGAACUUGAUAAAAGAUCAUGAAGUAACACUUGAUUUUUUUGGGAAUUUGAGAAUUUUUGGGGAACUAUCUGAUGUAUUGGAGCGAAGAACAUUGUGCAUAAGACACGUUUAGUAAAAAAAGUUAUGUAUUGACGUUAUAUAAGAUACAAAGUUGUAAAAGAGAUGUUUUGUAAAACUAUACUGAUGUUAUGUGUAUUUUUUUGAGAACAUUUAUUGAAGAACAAAGAUUUUACAUUUUACUGAGUUGUUCUCGUAGUUUAUUUUCUAAAUAAUAAUACGCUUUCUUGUGAUCCGUUUCGAGAGAUUUGAAUGUUUCAUUUGUCAUAGUAAGUGUAUUGAGAAAGUAUAUCUUUUUUACAUAGGGGAUUUUGCUUAUCUAUAGUUUUGGCUUUGUUGUGUCUUUAACAAAGGGUCGGACGGUAGGCUCGUCUUCAUGUAGAUUCACCCACUUCAUACGACCUGUGGAUGGAUGCCUUAUUUUGACAGGCCAAUAAUUUUCUCCGUUGAUGUAGACACCCGGAAGGCCAGGAUCAAAAUUGUUGCGCGAUGACGUAUACAUCUCUGAUGGCAUAUCCUUCGGGAAUGUUACGGACAGCCUGUGCUCCCAAGGUGUAGUUUUGCCACUCUGGGAUAGUUGCAUCCGACCGAGUAAUAUCUUGAUGAUGUUUAGGUAGUUUUCUUCCAGGCUUGAUGCCAGAGACCUGUGUGGGCUCAACACCAGUAUUGUUCUCUUUACUUUGGGUGGCGAAGAGAUAAACAUGGCAGUCGUCAAAUAGAUCUCCAAGAACUAGCUUAUCGACGGGUGUGUCAGGUUUGUUAUCCACCAACAAGUAUCCAAACGGUUUUUCGAUCUCUUUGCAAUAGGCGUUCAUAAAGUGUUAGGAUGUUAGGGUUUGUAAUCCAAGUGAGAAUAUAUACAUUUUAAGACCUAACCAGGAACGACUGCGAAAAAUGCAGCACAAGGUCCUCUGGUAGGAAUCGAACCUACGGCCCUGCGAUUCCGGUGCAGCGCUCUAACCAACUGAGCUACAGAGGCCAGCUGUUGAGCUGUAACCGUAAGUUCAUGUAUAUAUAGGUAAUCGGGUGUGCGGGUUGUGAUAACGUGGACUUGAAUAACUUAGUUGUUGCACUUCACUUGGUGGAAUUAAUAUUAGGAUGUUAGGGUUUGUAAUCCAAGUGAGAAUAUAUACAUUUUAAGACCUAACCAGGAACGACUGCGAAAAAUGCAGCACAAGGUCCUCUGGUCGGAAGCAAACAUGCGUUCUCCAACAAUUCCAAUUUGUUUCCUAUCACUAGGACUUCGGAUGAGGGCAAGAUAUUGGACAUUUCGGCUAACAUCUGUAUUAAGUUUCCCCUUAGGAAACAUGUUUAGUGUGGCGGAUAUGUGCAUGGAUGUUUCCGAAGAGAGUUAAAAGCACGAAAUUAUGCACAGUAGCAUCUUUUUAUGAGCAGAACAACAUGCAAAAGUGGGGCCAUCGUGAAACUGUCUUUCUAGAGAGCUACGAUGCUGUUAGCAUUAUUUGCUAUUAAAUUCUACUACAACAAAAAAAUGUGAAAUUUUGAAUUCAAUCGCGACAAAUAUAACUUGCAUCAUCAGAAAGCUUGUAAAAAACUACAUAAAAAGACUUUUAAACAGUUUUUUUAUUCUUCCAAUGGUUAUUGCUGUAAAUUAGGCACAUUAUCUCGCUAAAAGUCCCUAAUUAAUUAUUCGAUGUUUGAAAAUGCGUUUUUAACAGUUUAUAAUUCGAAAACUAUUUCAGAAAUAAAAAAAACUGUCUAAACGUCUUAUAUGCAGUUUUUUAUAAGCUUUCUGAUGAUGCAAGUCAUAUUUGUUGUUAUUGAAUACAAAAUUUCACAUUUUGGCUAUAAUAGAAUACAAUAGAAGAAAGUCACUAAUCACCCGUUUUCAGGAGUUAGCAGCAAAAUACUCCCCCACUUCAAAUAUCUAUUAAGCAAAUCAAACUACAUCAAUUGUAAAAGUUUGAUGCUUUUAACCUCAACGGGAACUACUGAUCCAUAAUUUUACACAUAUCCGCCUCACUAGUUCUGAAGCAAAAGGAUAACACUGGCGUUUCUAUGACGACCCUGGGUAAAUAAUCUAGAUACCACAGGACUGUCUGUCGCGUCGGCCAUCAGAUCAUCCAGUAUGAUUAUGUUGUUGUAUUUCUCGGGCAAACCUCUCUCAAACCGGAUGCUUUUCCCAAGAGAUUUUCUCAACUCGUCGUAACGAUCUUGCCAUUGAUUGUAGCACCAAAGAAUGCGGAUACUUCUUUGCUCCUCGUACACGAUACGAUUGUUUUCCAAAAUUUGUUGGACGAAGUAAGUCUUUCCACUUUGACUGGGACCCACGACCAAUAGCGAAAAUUUAUGGUGAAAGUUGAAUUCCGGAUAGGGCUUAGUCAAAGACGCUCUUACUCUUGGUAUGGUGUUUGUUGGUUUUAGUACAGCACUUGUUUUCUUUCGAACACAUCUCAUUUCUUUCAGUAUAUGUGCCGGUCGUGCAGGUAGCCUGUUGUUUUUGCCUUUCAUCUCCGUAUAAGUUAUGGACUUGACGCAAAUGAUCACUCAUAUACCGAAGACCAGGCUUGUUACAGACAGGACAGUCUCUUUUGUGUUUAUAGGGCAUAUUGACACUUUGAAAGUUCAAUUAUAAAUUGGGGUCGAUGAGAGGUCGAUGUUGGGUCGAUGAGAGGUCGAUGUAGGGUCGAUUCUCUGGGAUUCUGCAGGGGUCCCCUCGGAGUUCCCUCGGACGUAUGAGCACCUGCUCAGAGCAACUCACGAGCAGGCAUAAAGGUGCAGUGUUCUCCAAUAAAAAGUCAUUUUUAGACAGUCAAUGCUAGCGGAAAGAGCUGCAAAGAAUAAUUUAGCGGUUACAAUCUACGAAAACACGAAAAGGAAUACUGUCCACUACGCCAACAAGAAAGAAACAUGUCUCAAACAGACUCAGAUAGCCAGAAAAGGGAUUUCCAAGACGAUGUCUCCACAACUUCAACUCAAGGGUCUGAAAUUUCGACUGAGUCAGAAAUUGAAGAAGAAAUGGAUCCUUGGAUACCGUUGAUAGAAGAAGCAAAGCAAAGAAGUAAUAUAGCUUUUGAGGAAAUGAAAGAAAGCCUUAUCAACAGUGGUCUAGAUGAGCAAUCCGCUAAGGACAAAGCUUACUCUAAUAUUCUGCCUAAACUCCAGAAGGAACUGGAAAAUAUUUAUAUGGAUCAUCUCUCAUGGAUGAGACAACUAAAGAAAGAUCCAGUACAUAAGAAAAUAAUGCACACAAAAGAUGAACUUGUGGGAAACGAUGAUUUUGAUCCAGAAGAAGCCAUGGAAGCAGCUGUUGAUAAGAGUUUGUUGAUAAGUUUCUUAUAAGAAGGCUUUUAAAGGGUUACAAUUUUGAUGAAGAGAAUGAUGAUGAUGAAGAGAAUGAUGAUGAUUAGACUCGAUCAAUAGGUCAAAUAUAGGAUUGAAGUCAAGUACAGUAUUGGCACGUAAAAACAUACCAGUAUUAAUACACAGCAUGUAAACGUCGAGUCGUUUCAAUAAAUUGCUUUUCCUGUCUUUUCUUGUCAUUUUUUCUUACAAAUCAAAAUGGAAAAAAACACGAAAAUGUAUACAUUUGUGUACUGAUCGUUUCUUGCAGUGGCUUCCACGAAUGAAGAAUGUACACCCAGUCGUCGGGCCUAAACGGUCCUUAUGAGCAGAUGAGCAUGUGCUCAUGAGCAGUUAUGAGCAGGUGCUCAUUUCAAUCUUAGGAUUCAAUUAUUCAAUCUUAGGAUUCAAUGAUUCAAUCUUAAAAUUCAACUGAUUCAAUCUAGGAUUCAAUUAUUCAAAUGGAGCUUGGCUCCGAGCUAUUUAGGGUGGCUGUGAGCCUAUCGAGCUUGGCUCCGAAUAUCACACAGUAUCUUAAGGUAUCAUACAGUAUCGUAAGAUAUGAUACAGUAUCUUAGGAUCUCAAUAUCUUAGGAUAUUAUACAGUAUCUUAGGAUAUCAAUAUCUUAGAAUAUCAUACAGCAUCUUAGGAUAUCAUGCAGUAUCGUACGAUAUCAUACAGUAUCUUAGGAUAUCGAUAUUUUGGACUAGUAUUUUUGCACAAGUGAACAUAACAAAUCCUACAAGUUGAUUGGUCAAAUUUGACGUAUUAAGCUGUUAUAUUCACCUACAGGUGAAUAUAACAAAACCGAAAUUUUCAAAAUGGCGGCCGGACGUUUUGUGGAAGUUACUGAUAAAGAAAUAAGCGAAAUUAAAAUAAAUUCAGUCCCAAAAAACACAAAAGACUUGUGUAAAAAUACUAAAACAAUUAUUCGCCCCAGGCUCGGUGAUUAUUGGGGAAUAUUCACCUCGACUUUGUCUCGGCGAAUAUUCCCCGAUAAUCACCUCACCUUCGGCGAAUAAUUAUUAAAUAUCAUACAGUAUAUAUCUUAGGAUAUCAUGCAGUAUCUUAGGAUAUCAAUAUUUUAGGAAACGUUCGUGUGGUAAAACGAUUUGUACUAAAUUUCAUAAAAUUUGUAUUCAAUAAUAACACAUUUAAUAAUAAUAAUAAUAAUAAUAAUAAUAAUAAUAAUAAUAAUAAUAAUAAUAAUAAUAAUAAUAAAACGAUUUGUACUAAAUUUCAUAAAAUUUGUAUUCAAUAAUAACACAUUUAAUAAUAAUAAUAAUAAUAAUAAUAAUAAAUAAUAAAGAUUUAAUCUGGCAUAUCCAUAUUACAUGGCUCUUCAUCCAUACAUUUAAAAAAACUAACAAACUAUUUCUAAAUUUUUUCAACUGUCUUGUACAACCACAACUACAACUACAAUAUAAAUAAAUUUGAACAGUUAAAAUCAGGUUAUGUGAGAAAAUUAAUCAAUCCUUAUCAAUCCUUUCUCUACCUUGAUCUAAUAAAAUACUUUUAAGAGUAAUCAUAUAAUUUUUAAAAUCCAUUAGUUUCAAAUGUUCUGGAAGACUAUUAAAAACUCUAGCAGCAUUGGAUUGAAAACUGUCUUCAAUGUUAGAAUAUUCAAUUUUCAAACCACCGUCACAGUUACUACGCAGAACUCUUGAAACUCUUUUGACUUGGAGCGAUAGAUAACUUGGCCAUUUGUCAUCUUUUAGGGCCUGAUACGCCAGUUUCCCAAUACUGAACUCAAUCCUUUCUUUGAUUGGUAGCCAUCUCAAUGUUAGUACAUCAUUCACUUUCGCAAAUUUACCAAUCACAAAACUUGCCGCAGCAUUCUGGACUUUUUGCAGUCGUUUGAGCAAAUAAUCAGGCAAGGAUCCGUAUAGGCAAUUGCAAUAAUCCAGUUUGGAUAAAAUCAAUAAUUCUGCUAGUUGUUUUCUCAAUGAGAACGGCAUGAAACGUUCUAUCUAACUCCCUCCCAAUGACCUCGCUACAGUUAUCCAAAUUCUUUACCUUACAAUGUUUGUAUAAACUAGUAUCGUCCGCAUAUUGUAGAUAAUUGCAAUCGGAUGAUUUCUCAUCUUGUAGAUCGGCCAUAUAUAAGUUAAAGAGAAUUGGACCCAGAAUUGACCCUAGUGGAACACCGAAUGUUACUGGUAGCAAUCUUGACUGUCGAUCAUCAAUUUGUACAAACUGUUGUCUGCCAUCUAAAUAACUAUAAAUCCAUAUGAAAAAAUCCUUUGAAAAACCUAUCCGAUGAAAUUUAUUCAGUAGCACCUGGAAAUCAACCGUCUCAAAAGCCUUUGAAUAGUCAGUAAAGACUGCCAAUGUUAUUUCCCCUUUUUUCAUUGCUCUCAAGAUAUCAUCCUUAAGUUUCAACAGAACGGCCAUGGUUGAGUGACCCUUACGGAAACCGGACAUUGUCUCUUUAUACAAACUGUGUUCUUCAAUAUACUCAACUUGGGAUAGCACCAGGCGUUCAAAUACCUUUGAUAAAAUUGGCAGCACUGACACUGGUCUAAAAUCACUAUUCUCUAUCGGUUCACUGAUUUUCGGGAUAGGACUAAUACGUCCUAUUUUCCACGAGGAAGGAAACAUAUUGUGUGCGAUGCAUUCGUUAAUUAUAUGGGUCAACGGAGAGAUAAUAUAUUGGGAAGCCAUUUUCAAAUAGUUCACAGGUAGAUGGUCAUGACCUGUAGAACAAUCAUUCCGUAUACCAUUAAGCUAUUUGCUUACUUCGCCAAAAUUUACCUUUCGCAUCCUAAAGCACGUAUCCCCACUAGAUUCUGAUAGGGAGUCAACAUAUUCGACAACACCGACUCUUUGUUUUGGGUACGAACCCAAAAUGCGUUCUGCGGUAGUCGGAAAAAAAUUGUUCAACUCAUCCGGGUCUUGACGGAUUUUCUUCCUACUUGGGUUUAAUAUUCGAUGUAGUAUCAUCCAAACAACCGUCGAGCGUUUUGAUGAUAACGCUUUUGAAUAGAAAGUUCGUUUUGCAGUUUUUAUAGCUGUUUUGAUUUUAUUAAGAACUAAGCGGAACAGUGACCAGUCAGACUCUGCUUGGGUUGGGCGGGCAGUAGAUCGUAAAUGGUCUCUCUCUCUCUCUUUCUGUAGAUGUUUAAUGUUCACAUCUUGCAGCCAAGGAGCAGGAGGUCGAGUUAUCUUACAUCGCACAAGUUGGGCAUGUCGGUCGAUGCAACUACGGAGCAAUUCAUUUAG